AACUUCCUUGGAGAGGAGUUGUACACUUCCGUGUUGGAUUCUGCUAAUUUACUAAAGCAAUGUGAUGGGCGUGGCUUUUCAGCGCGACUGUUGUUGUGACUGGUCUGCUUGUUCCGGAAGAAGUAUUCUAAUUGGCUGUCUAGCGAUGGCUUUUUGAGGAGAGUGAAGGGCUCCGUAAUUCUAUGUGCAUCUAACGUUAGGCAGUUGGUUUUUAACCGGCCCUGGUAAUACGAGUUAGCGGGAAAAGUUAUUGUGGAUUAGGCCCGUGAUCAGAUCCGUUAGCUGAGUCUAACAAGUGCUGUAGCAUGACCGGGAAAGGCGUGAAGCGCAGCGUGAAUCUCUCGUUACAGUGUGAAUGGGGGUCCUGCAAUUACGUCUCUUCCCUGAUGGAAGAUUUCUGCUCUCACGUCUCCGGUCACCUCCGUCUGCACCAUCUCCCGAAACAAGAGGAGGGCGGCGAAGAUGAGUUUUGCUGCUUGUGGCAGGGCUGUGGCUUCUUCUCUCCGGAUAACCCCGUGGAUCUCGCCCGCCAUGUGUUCUUCCACUGCUAUCAUACGAAGCUGAAGCAGAUCGGGCUCCAGGCCCUGCAAAGUCAGCCAGAUGUCAGCCCGUGCCAGCUGGACACUCAGACCCGCAACAUGAUCCCUGAAGUACACGACAGCUUUGUGUGUAUGUGGGACCAAUGUGAGAGCUCCUUUGAUAAUGCUGAGUGGUAUUACAGACACGUGGACUCUCACGGGCUGAGUGCAGAAUAUGAAGAGAACAGGGUGUUGCUUUGCAGCUGGAAAGACUGUGACUGCUCCUGCAAGAGUCGAUGCAAGCUGAGGGAGCACCUGCGGAGUCAUACACAAGAGAAAGUCGUGUCCUGUCCCAACUGCGGGGGGAUGUUUUCUAACAACACCAAGUUCUAUGACCACCUCAGACGCCAAACAUCGUUGGACCAGCAUCGAUUUCAAUGUUCUCAUUGUUCCAAGAGAUUUGCGACUGAGCGGCUUCUGCGGGAUCACAUGCGCAACCACGUGAAUCACUACAAGUGCCCGCUGUGUGACAUGACGUGCCCGCUUCCUUCAACCCUGCGCACUCACAUCCGAUUUCGACACAGCGACGAGCGGCCGUACAAGUGUCAGCACUGUGACUACAGCUGCAAGAAUCUAGUGGACCUACGGAAGCAUCUAGACACGCAUAGCAAAAUGCCAGCGUACUGCUGCGAUUAUGAAGAUUGCACUUUCAGCGCUCGCUCCCUCUGCUCCAUCAAGGCUCACUACAAGAAGGUACACGAGGGGGAUUCAGAGCCCAGAUACAAGUGUCAUGUGUGUGAAAAAUGCUUUACCCGUGGCAACAAUCUGACUGUUCAUCUGCGCAAGAAGCAUCAGUUCAAAUGGCCAUCUGGGCACCCGCGCUUCAGGUACAAGGAACAUGAUGAUGGCUUUUUGCGGCUGCAGUUGGUGAGAUACGAAAGCGUGGAGUUGACCGAGCAGUUGAUGAAGGAACGUGAGAAGCAAUGGGCACCCCUGGAUUCUGUUUCUACAUGCCUGGUGCUGAGCCCAGAAGGAAGCACUGGAUCUGACGGAGAGGGUUAUGAGAGGACUGACGCAGAGAGAGACCCGGGUCCGUUGCCUGGGUGCACAUGAACCACGCACAUUAAAGACUACUGUGCUAGUU